AUGAAUGAUAAAAAUGAAAAUAAUAAAGAUAAUAACAACAGUAAUAAUAAUAAUAUAGAUUCCAUGCCACCACCCUCAAUGCCACCACCUUCUUUGUUACCAAAUAAAAAUGAAGGCCAAAUGGCGCCACCCUCAAUGCCACCACCUUCACUAACACCUCAAAAAAAACAAUCUCCACAACAGCAGCAACAGCCUAAAGUUGAUUUAAUAUAUAAAGAACCAGAAUGGAGUAUGGUCAAUAAAAAUAUGAAAUUAAGUUUUGAAGUAAUUAAAAGUGGCACAAUAAUUGAGAAUAUAGAUUUAAACUCCAAACCUUUUUAUUUAGUUGGUAGACUACCUGUAUGCGAUAUACCUUUAGAACACCCAACAAUUAGUAGACAACAUGCAGUUAUUCAACAUAAACCUGGUGGAUAUUUAUUUUUAUUCGAUUUAGCAAGUACUCAUGGUUCAAUGAUAAACAAACAGAAAUGCAAACCAAAUGUAUAUAUACCAAUCAAAUCUGGGGAUGUUAUAAAGUUUGGUGAAUCAACAAGACUAUUUGUACUAGAUGGUCCAUCAAAUAUGAAAACUGAAGUAGAUCAACAACAAAAAGAAAAUCAAGAUCAAUUAGAAAAACAAAAGAAAAUUUUAGAAAAAGAAAAACAACAAAAAUCAUUUAUUUCUUUAUAUACAUCAAAUAGCGCAGGUAAUAAAAACAAUAUGGAUGAAAUAUCAAAAACAAUACACGAAAACAGAGAUAUUGAUCACGAUGAUGAAAUUAGAGAACAUUACGAAGGCAAUCAUAUCAAUAAUGAAGAUGACUUUGAAAAUGAUUUAGAUAAUUCAAAAACAAGAUCCUCAAAGAAAAAUAUUGAUGAUAACGAUGAAGAUAAUGAAGAAUCAUUCUAUGAUAGAACCAAAGAAAUGAAAAACAAAUUAAAUAAACAAUUAAAGAAUUUAGACACUUUGGAAUUAAUCGAAAAAAGAAAAUCUUUAGAAAUUGAAAAGUAUUUAUUACAAAAACAAUUUAAGGAAUCAACAUUAAUUAAAGUUAAAGACAAAGAAGAAGAAGAAGAAGAUUCACUCGAUCAAUUUAUGAAUGAAAACAAUCAAACAUUAAAGAAAACUGUACAGCAAAAGAUUAUGUCAUCAUUAAUAGAUAUAGAAAAUCAAAUAAAUCAAAUAGAAUCAAUUUUACAUUCAAAACCAGAUUUUAAAAAAUAUAGCAGUUCAUUAGAAAACUCAAUUAAAUCGAUUAAAGAAAAUGGUUCUGAUUUAUCAACUAUAAACCAAUCCAAUAAUAAUAAUAAUAAUAAUAAUAAUAAUAAUAAUAAUAAUAAUAAUAAUAAUAAUAAUAAUAAUAAUAAUAAUAAUAAUAAUAAUAAUAAUAAUAAUAAUAAUAACAAUAACAAUAAUAAUAAAAGCAAUGAAAAUGAAAAUAACUCAUCAAUGCCACCUCCACCUCCACCAGAUUAUGUAGCAACCACAAAAUCAAUUAGUACAAUUAAUAGAAUGAUGUUUGGUGAUGACGAUCAUGAAAAGAAAAAAGAUUCACUAAAAUCAACUGAUAAAUUAGAUAGUAAUAUACCCGAACAAUACAAAACUAAAGAAUCAAACAAAAAGAGAAAUUUACCACCACCCACAAUCGACACUAAAAAAUUAAAGCAAAAACAAGAAACUGAAAUUGUAGAUUUAAUCUCAAAAGAAAAUAAUGAUGAUACCCCAGUCAAUAGGUAUGGUUACUAA